CGAUGUACAUCCCCUCCCGCACAUCGUUGCCCGUCUUGCUCGGCGAAGAAUCGCCACACAGCACUGCCAUGGCGAGUGGUGAGAAGUUGGAAGGGAAGCAACUGAAGGGCGGUUCGAUCUCGAUCCGGCCCAUCCCGGACGAAUGCUGGACACGUGUCUUGGGGAAUUUGGAAGCCACGGAGCUCUCGACGUGUAGCGUGAGCUGCUUGCGCUUCAGUCGACUCUCCGAUCAUCCAGAGUUGUGGCAAGCCUUGUUGCGCAGCGACUUUUGCGCCUCUCUGACACAUCGUGCGAUGCUACUCGCUUGGAUGGCAAUGCAUCAUCAUUUCCAUCCACGACAGCUCUACAUCUUCAAACGUCGCGAGCAUCUCUUGGAUCUGGAGAUUGCACGUGCGGAUCUCUGCCAGCGGUACGAACAGGCGAGGGAACAGGACCGGAAACAACGACGGCUUAGAGCCUUGAACUACUUCUUGGUGAGAGUCAUCCAUUGCCUCUUGUGCAUCUCUGUGCUAGCAAGCAGCAUUUUGCUGUGGCUCAAGUUGAAGGAUGCUGUGACAAUGUCGUAUUAUUUGAUCUUCUCUCCUGUUUUGGGCUUUGAAUCCGUUUUUUUCAUUGCGGCUUCCAUGACCUUCCUGAUCUACUUCCAACGCAGUAGCACUGGAUGGACCUUCUAUUGGAAUCGGCUGCAAGGAACCGUACGAUGGUUCAUUCUCUUCACUUCGCCUUGCGAGGGCUUCUUGGUGCUCUUCUUCGCUGGCGCGGCGCUUCCUCUCUUGGCGGCCACGCUGGAGGAGGAUUUGCCAGUGCCGUGGCCCUCCCUCCGCGUGCUGCCACCGUUCCUAGCUGUCUGGCUGGGUACGGGCUGCUUCGCCUUUAGUGUCUUGCGGCGGCGGCAAUGCUCCUCCAGUUGUAUCGGUUCUUGCUUGUUUUUGUGGUGUCCUUUGGCGGCCUUCAGUACCCUUCUCUUCAGUCGAUUGACUGUUUGGCCCUGGCUCUCGCCCAUGGUGAUGAUGUUGCCACUGCUGUUGGUCACUUGCAUGCUGAUCUUGUUCUCCAGCUUCCUCACCAUCGCCUCCUUUUGGCCCAACCCUCCGACCUGUCGAGUCCAGACUCGUCGUGGACCCGUGGCCUGCGUCGUGCUUGGUCGCAGUGGGGGGGAAUUCCACACCCCUGAACAGAGGUUGGGUUGGCGUGGCAGUCGGGAUUGGAUGGAGUAUGCCACCACGACCUUGCUGGCGAUCCUCGCUUUCCUCUUGCCGAUGCUGACCGUCGAGAUCACGCUGGUGUGCUACUUGAAAGGUGCCUGUGCCAUCCAUUGGGUCUUUGCCCCCUGGACUCUGUGGCUCACAGGACUCAGCUUCUUCGCCUUGUACCAGAGCUGUUUGCCUUUGAAGCCGAAUGGCCUCGGCGCUCCUCAUCUGGACCGCCUGCCGAACCGCUACCGGCGCCAUGAUCUUCAUUCCGACACGGAGCUUUUGUUGCCACAGCCCUGACGAGCCACCGCUCGGAUGCGCUUCGCCCGGUGGCAGACCCCAGACCCUGUGAUAGUGUGUUCAACGUCUGCACAAGGCAGCCAAAUGCAGCCUUAGAGCCUUUAAGACAUUGUAAACGUUCUGAAAAGAACCUUCAACGUACAGAUCGAACAUGUGGCAUGGUGGUGUUGUAGAAGUCAGGAAGCCAG